AUUCGGCCGAACAGCGUUUCGUCAUAUGUGGGUGAGAAAUCGAAGUCCCUUGUGUAGCUUGCUAAGCAGAAGUCUGUUAUGGUUAUCUCCUUCCAGGCUCUCGAGCGCUAUCUACCUCUGAAAACAGCGCUCCACUCGGGGACUCUGCGCCGCGGACUUCCGCUCCCGCUCCCUAAGAUGCAUUCUGCUUACUGUUUGCAAAAGGUGCGAGCUAUCAACGUGCUGAUUUGUUGGCUGAAAAGCUAGCAACCAAUUUACGCGAAAGUGCCGUCACUCGAAGUUUAGUCGCGCUGCAUAAGUAUAUAUAUCUUUGCCUCCUCGUCACAUCCUAUGCCAUCGGAGGACCUUGUUUUUGUACCACUGCUCGCGGAGCGCUUGUCAACAUGUUCAACGUUCAUAGUGACCGCAUGUACACUGCUCGAGCAGAGGGGUUUCAGGAAAUACGAGUCCCUUUGCACAAUGUCGAAAAUCAUGCAGAAGCCCAUGGACCAGAGGAAGGGACCCCGGCGUCUUCACAGGUCGAAUUGCGAGAUGAGGGGACUUGGGGAGAGCGGGAUAUUGGAGGUCCAGUCAAUUUCAGGAACGCAAUGUUGGAUUACGAGGACAUGCGUCGCGAGUUGACCAACCUCUCGAAAACCCGUAGCGCAGGCCAAAAAAGCACUAAAAGUACCGGACAACACUCAUCUGGAUUGAAAAGAGUCACGACAGCUGGGACACGCCGGUCCCAGAAAGUCCGUACAAACGAGCCCGAACCUGACCUGGAAGCUCAGGAGGAAGAAAAGCCGGAGGGAGAAGGUGCUGAUAUUGCAGAAGACGAAGAGGACUUUGAGCUUGGAGAAUUUUUGAAAGAUGGACAUUUCGAGAAGCGUCAAGAGGGCAGAUCAGCAAAAAAGGUUGGAGUGGUUUACAAACAUCUCACUGUGCAAGGUUUGGGAGCGACCACAACAUUCGUCAAAACACUUCCAAGCGCUGUUGUCGGAACAUUUGGGCCUGAUUUGUAUGCCCUUCUAUCAAGAUUUAUAUCUUUUCUUCCGCAGCCAGGAUCCCAUGGAGAGAAACGUAACCUCAUUAAUGACUUCAAUGGCGUGGUGAGGGAUGGUGAGAUGCUGCUGGUCCUUGGUAGACCAGGCAGUGGCUGCAGUACGUUUUUGAAGGCAAUUUCCAACAAGAGAGCAGGCUUUGCAGGUGUCGAAGGAGAGGUAUCCUAUGGAGGAAUCCCUGCCAGUGAGCAGAUCAGAAAUUACAAGGGAGAAGUCAAUUACAAUGAAGAGGAUGACCAACAUUUCCCGACGUUGACGGUCGAGCAGACACUGAAAUUUUCGCUGCUGAACAAGACGAAAAAACAUGAGAAAGGGGAUAUCCCAGUCAUCAUUGGCGCUCUAUUGAAAAUGUUUGGUAUCUCACACACAAGGCACACAUUGGUUGGAGAUGCAUAUACCAGAGGUGUUUCCGGCGGAGAGCGGAAGCGAGUGUCAAUUGCGGAAACGUUAGGAUCAAAAUCUACAGUUGUUGCAUGGGAUAAUUCGACACGAGGAUUAGAUGCAUCUACUGCUCUCGACUAUGCAAACUCGCUUCGCGUCAUGACGGAUAUCAGCAACCGAACGACACUUGUUACACUUUAUCAAGCAGGCGAGGGCAUUUACGAACUCAUGGAUAAGGUCUUAGUCAUCGACGAGGGCAGAAUGGUCUACCAGGGUCCAGCUAAAGCUGCCAAAAAGUACUUUGAGAAUCUUGGUUACUUCUGCCCGGAGAGACAAACAACUGCAGACUUUCUCACAUCCUGUACGGACUCAACCGAGCGACGGUUUCGAGAGGACUUCGAUGGACCGAUUCCUAGAGGCCCGAUAGAGCUGGAGAGAGCAUUUCGCGAAAGUGAGGCUUACAAACAUGUGCUCGAAGAUGUUGAAGAUUACGAAAAGAUGCUUCAUGAAACCGACUACGCGGAUGCCAGGGAGUUCAAACAAACAGUCUCAGAGACAAAAUCGAAGCACGUCUCCGACAACUCGAGCUAUACAGUAUCAUUUUUCCGCCAAGUCCUUGCCUGCACGAAGCGAGAGUUCUGGCUUACUUGGGGCGAUAAGACGACCUUGCACACCAAGUUUUUUAUCAUCAUUUCUAACGGCCUGAUCGUCGGUUCUCUCUUUCACGGCCAGUCCUUAGAUACUUCAGGAGCGUUCUCGAGAGGUGGCAGUCUGUUUUUCAGUGUCCUAUUUUUAGGAUGGCUACAGUUGUCCGAGCUCAUGAAAGCUGUGUCUGGAAGAACUAUCAUUGCAAGACAUAAUGAUUAUGCGUUCUAUCGACCAUCGGCCGUCGUCAUUGCAAGGGUAAUGCAGGACUUCCCAUUGAUUCUCGCCCAAGUCAUCCCGUUCUCGAUUAUCAUGUACUUCUUGAAUGGGCUUGAUGUAGACGUGAGCAAAUUCUUCAUAUAUUUCCUGUUUAUCUACCUCACGACAAUCUGUGUUACAGCACUAUACCGCAUGUUUGCUGCUCUAUCUCCAGCAAUCGACGAUGCAGUUCGAUUUUCUGGAAUCGCGCUCAAUCUUCUGAUUAUCUACACUGGAUAUGUUAUUCCUCGUCCACAACUUCUUUCGAAGUAUAUUUGGUUCGGGUGGCUGUACUGGGUGAAUCCAAUUGCAUACAGUUUCGAGGCAGUCUCUACGGAUGAGUUCUACAACCGAGUUCUCAAAUGUUCACCAGAUACGAUCAUUCCAAGGGGACCAGGCUUCGACAAUCCUGCUUAUCAAGGUUGUGCCUUUACAGGUGCCCAGGUAGGGUCUCUCAGUGUGCCUGGAACAGACUAUCUCAGCACCUCCUUCGACUAUUCUCGAGGCAACUUGUGGAGAAAUUUUGGUGUCGUCAUUGCAUUUACUGUUCUCUACAUCUUAGUCACCAUGGUUGCUUCAGAGCUCUUCAACUUCUCGAAGAGUGGAGGUGGUGCACUCGAGUUCAAGAGGUCUAAAGCCACGAAGCAAAAAAUCAAAGCAGCUUCCGCACCUUCUGAUGUCGAGCAAGUAGCUAAGGAUCGGUCAACGAGUGUACCAGGUUCAUCCAGUGAGACCUUGAAUGGCGGUCGACAAGAAGACGAGGCCUUGCAAGAAAUUUCAGGCUCUGACAGCAUAUUUACAUGGGAAAAUGUUGAAUACACUGUUCCGUACAUGGGCGGCCAGCGAAAACUCUUGAACAACGUCAAUGGAUAUGCCAAACCUGGUGUGAUGGUAGCGCUUAUGGGUGCUUCAGGAGCUGGCAAGACAACUCUUUUAAACGCAUUAUCACAGCGACAGAAAAUGGGUAUCGUUGGGGGUGACAUGCUUGUUGAUGGAAGACCUCUUGGCACAGAGUUCCAGCGCGGGACGGGAUUCUGCGAACAGAUGGAUCUUCACGAUGGUACGGCAACCAUCCGAGAAGCCCUUGAAUUCUCCGCAAUUCUUAGACAAGACCGCAGUGUCCCCCGAGCCGAGAAAAUUGCCUACGUGGACAAGAUUAUUGAUCUUUUGGAACUCGGAGAUGUUCAGGAUGCACUAGUCCGAUGUUUAGGAGUCGAACAACGCAAGCGAGUCACAAUCGGAGUAGAAUUGGCAGCUAAGCCCAACCUGUUGCUCUUCCUGGACGAGCCCACCUCUGGGCUUGAUUCUCAAUCGGCUUACAGUAUUGUUCGAUUCUUGAAGAAGCUCUCGAAUGCUGGCCAAGCUAUUAUCUGCACCAUCCACCAGCCAUCCUCUGUCCUCAUCCAACAAUUCGAUAUGAUACUCGCGUUGAAUCCCGGUGGAAACACUUUCUACUUCGGACCUGUAGGUGAUGAGGGCAAGGACGUCAUCAAAUACUUCGCUGAUCGAGGUGUCCAUUGCCCGCCACACAAGAACGUUGCAGAAUUUAUUUUGGAAACUGCAGCCAAGGGUGGUAAGCGGGAAGACGGCAAGAAACUGGACUGGAACAAGGAAUGGGCGAACUCGGCAGAAGCAAAAAAUGUCCUGAACGAAAUCCAGAAGAUAAAAGCAGAGCGUAGCAAAGUCGAGCCCAGAGCACAAACCGAACAGCAUGAAUUCGCAUCUCCCGUUGCCUCGCAGACCAUUGAGCUGACGAAGCGUCUCUUCAUUCAAUACUGGAGAGAUCCAUCGUACCUAUACGGAAAGCUGUUUACCUCUGUCAUCAUAGGAAUAUUCAACGGCUUUACAUUCUUUAAGCUUGGAAACAGUAUUGUGGAUAUGCAGAAUCGCAUGUUCACGAGCUUCUUGAUCCUGCUGAUUCCGCCAACUAUCGUCAACGCCGUCGUGCCAAAAUUCUACCAGAACAUGGGCUUAUGGCAGGCAAGAGAGUACCCAUCUAGAAUCUACGGAUGGGUCGCUUUCUGUACUGCCAAUGUUGUCGCACAGAUACCCAUCGCGAUUGUCGGUGCUACAAUUUACUGGCUUUUGUGGUACUGGCCGACCGGGUUACCUACCGAUUCUUCAACCGCGGGCUACGUCUUCUUGAUGACCGUGCUCUUUUUCCUGUUUCAAGCGUCAUGGGGUCAAUGGAUCUGUGCCUUCGCACCCUCUUUUACCGUCAUCGCGAAUGUGCUUCCCUUCUUUUUUGUCAUGUUUUCCCUCUUCAAUGGUGUCGUCCGACCAUACAGUCAACUUAGCGUCUUCUGGAGAUACUGGAUGUAUUGGCUUAACCCUUCAACGUACUGGAUUGGAGGCGUCCUAGCCGCUACCCUCAGCGACACAGAGGUACAAUGUAUGCCUCAAGAAGCAGCUUAUUUCAACCCACCGCCUGACCAGACCUGUUCCGAAUAUGCCUCGUCUUUCGUCAACGCGGCUACAGGAUAUCUCAUGAACCCCAAUGAUACGACCAACUGCGGGUACUGCCAGUUCAGCUCUGGCGCAGAGUACAUGCAGACUCUGAAUAUCGAACCCAAGGACAAGUGGAGAUAUUUCGGCAUCUUCCUGGCAUUCUGUAUUUCCAACUGGGCACUAGUUUAUUUCUUUAUUUAUACUGUUCGUAUCAAGGGCUGGAGCUUUGGGCUUGGCCGUUUGUUUGGACAUGGUGGGAAGUUGGUAGAGGCUGCCAAGAAGCCCUUCAAGAGCGGAGGUAAGACGGGGAAGAAAAGCUCAGCUUAGUCUGUGUUUGAAUGUUGAUAGACGUGUAUAGACAUUGUCGUUUAGCGGUCACAGCAAAUGUACGGACACAAAUUGAAUUUUCU